AUGGCAUCUGUAGGCAAAACUGUAGGUGACACCGACCAAUUUCUCAGGGUUGUAACGAAUCACUCCCACCUCAGUGAUGACCUCGCUUUUGCCCGUGAGCCAGGUAACUUGGAGGUGGUGGCUGUAGGAGACGGUAACCUCAACGAUGUGGUCAGGGUUAUGGAAAAACAGGGCAACUCCAGUGUCAUCAUCAAGCAUGCCCCGCCCUUUAUCAAGUGUUUGGGUCCAGAAUAUCCUCUUACAGCUGAGAGAGGUACAACUGAAUACCAAGCACUGAUGAGGUUUAAUACUGCAUCGCCCGGUUGCUGUCCACAAACCUACUUUUAUGACACAGAGGCCAGCCUCAUCUGCAUGGAAGAUCUAAGAUCAUACAAAGACCUACGCCGUGAAAUGAUUCAGGGUGUUUGCAGUGAUGAGGCCGUGAAAUGUAUUGCUAAACACAUUGCUAUUGUGCAUAGAGAGAACCAUGUCUCCAAACUCAGCAGUGCUGACAUGGAUGACCUCAUCAAUUUGUUCGGGUACACAGACCUGGUACAACUCACAGAGCAGUAUGUAUUUACCAGGCCCUUCCUUAAAGAUGAUCCCACCAACAAAUAUUCUGAAGAGGUUGGUUCCCGUGCCAACUUAGUGUAUGAUAAUCCACAGGUUCUAGCUAAUGCAGCAAAAAUGAAAAAGGUCUUCUUGGAAAAGAAGGAAUGUUUGAUACAUGGUGAUCUUCACACUGGGUCCAUAAUGGUAUACAACGAUUCAGCAAAGUUGAUGGACAUUGAAUUUGCUUAUGUGGGACCUGGAGCAUUUGACAUAGGAUGUCUGAUAGCCAAUUAUAUAAUGUCAUAUUACCAACACAUGUCAGAAGGAAACCGACAGUUUGCUUAUCGCACUAUUGACUUCUGUAAACUUACAGGGAAGACAUAUUUUGAGAACAUGACCUGUAGUACAGGGGAUGUGGAGAGCUACAACAAAAAUUUCAUGUCUGAAGUUGCAGGAUUUGCUGGUUGUGAGAUCAUUCGCAGAAUACUUGGAGCAGCUCAUGUAGCAGACCUUGAAGGCAGACUCUCAGCUGAAGUUGAUGCCCUAGGAGCUGGGGUACGACUGAUUACUGCUCAGGAGAGAAUAGACACAAUGGACCAGCUAAUGAUUAUUGCUCAUAUGUUGACUUAAUAUAUCAAUGGUUGAUUGACGGUGUUCACAAAAAUUGUUACUGAAUGCAUUGUGUACACACCUUAAUCAGCUCCUGAGGUGGCAUUUCAUCUAAAUGUAAUCCCUUCUUAAAAUGUAAAACCCUAAAAAUGGUGAGUCAUAACAUGCCAGGAUGGUGAAUUUGGAGUUUUCUUACAUAAAAAUGCCACCAUUGACUCGAUUUUCACCUGUGAAAGCUUCAACAGGACACUCUUUGUUAUUAUGUCAUCUUAUUAUGAGCUCUAGAAAAUGUAUACUUCAAGGAAUGAUUUUUUGUUUCACUGUCCUGUCGAAAUCAAUUAAACUUUAAUGGGAGGAUGACCCAAUCUUAUCACACCUAACCAAACUAGUGUUGGCUCUUUCUUUAUAUUCAUUUCUUAAAAAGCAAAUACAUUUAUUUUUGGCUGUAUGAAAAAGUAGUUUUAAUAUAUUUCAUAUAAUAUAUAUUACGUCAUUUGUUAAAGCCUUUGUCAGGUAUGUUUCUAUAAAUCUAAACAGUUGUUGAAUAUCAACAGUGUUUUAGGUAAUAGCACGUAGUGAUAUAGUUGUGUAAGUUUAAACAGUUACAAUUUAGUUAAAAUUAUUCUCUGACAUUCCGUCAACUUUCCUUCAUCAACUCCAGACUGAUAUUAAAAGAUGGCAAAAUGUCAAAAUAAUCUGGACUGGUCACAA